UGUCCCUUACUUGGAGCCCACAGUAGUUCAGGACGCGUCUUCGUACCGACUCGGAGGGACAUGUCCCUCACUUCUCUUCUCUUGGUCCUCCUUGUCUGUGCUGCUUCAGCUGAUCACGAGUCAUGUCGUGGCCGCUGCCAAGAAGGAUUCAAUUCCAAAAAGAAGUGCCAGUGUGAUGAACUCUGCUCCUAUUAUCAAAGCUGCUGUAUAGAUUACGUGGAAAUCUGCAAACCCCAAGUGACCCGUGGAGAUGUGUUUGCCCUGCCUGAGGAUGAGUACUCAGACAUUGAUUAUGAGAGCCAGAAUGUCAGCACCAGGGAUCCUGUCACUGGCAUCAUCACCACCCCCAACCCUACUGAAAGUAGCACCCAGUUCACUAGGACAGAGUCUGUCUCCAACACAGGACUGGAAACCAUCCAAGGGAUCAUAGAUCCAGAAUCCACCAUUGGAACCCACUUUACAAAACCUGAAGAAGGGGAAAGGGACCAAGAGGAAGCAAUGUGCAAUGGAGAACCUUUUGAUGCUUUCACUGACCUCAAGAAUGGCUCCCUUUUUGCUUUCCGAGGGAAGUAUUUCUAUGAGCUGGAUGAAAAAAGUGCGCUUCCUGGGUACCCUAAGCUGAUCCAAGAUGUCUGGGGCAUUGAGGGGCCUAUUGAUGCUGCCUUUACCAGGAUCAACUGCCAGGGGAAAACCUACCUCUUCAAGGGCAGCUUAUACUGGCGCUUUGAGGAUGGCAUCCUGGACCCGGGUUUCCCAAAGAACAUCUCCGAUGGCUUCAGAAAUAUUCCAAACAAUCUUGAUGCUGCUGUGGCCCUCCCCGCCCAUAGCUAUAGUGGCCAAGAGCGAGCUUACUUCUUCAAAGGAAACCAGUACUGGGAGUAUGAGUUCCAACAGCAGCCCAGCCAGGAGGAGUGUGAGGAGAGCACAAUGUCCGCAGUGUUCGAACACUUUGCCGUCCUUCAGAGAAAUAGCUGGAGCAGUAUCUUCGAACUCCUCUUUGGGAAUGAUGAAUCAGAGGGGACAAGGGGCCCUUGGCUCAUCCAGGAGCACUGGCUCGGGCUGCCCGAUAGGGUAGACGCUGCCAUGGCCGGCCGCAUCUACUUCUCCUCGCCAUCUCAUACCCACUCUGAUUGGGCUCAGAAGCGCAAGAACAAAGCCAAGGCUAAGGGCCGUCGGAACCGGAACCGCAAGCGCUACAGGUCCCGCCACUCCCGCCACUCCCACCACUCCCGCCACUCUCGGGAUAUAUGGAGCUUUCUAUACUCUGAAGAAUAUGGGUCAGAUUAUGACCUGGGUCUUGACUUCGAAUGGUUGCAACCAUCCCAGUGUGAGCCCAUCCAGAGCAUCUAUUUCUACGUGGGGGACAAGUAUUACCGGGUUAACCUCCGAACCAAGAUGGUGGACGCCGUGGUUCCUUCCUACCCCCGCUCCAUUGCCCACUACUGGCUGGGCUGCCCAGUUAUGAAAAGUUUUGAGAAAUGAUCUCAACUGCCACAGCCCAAGCACCUCUGGGGAUCCUCUCAGACCAAAUCCAGUCCAACAAGGAUUUACAGAAGGUCUGCCAUGCUCAGGAACCUUUGUAUGCUAGGCAUAGAAAGCUCAAAGGGAAACAUCCCUAUUAUUGUGUGUGCUUUUAAUAAAGUCCUUUUGGCCUA